CCUGUGUUGAAAAUGGAGUUCGUGUAGCACAGAUCCUCUGAACUUCCCGAGGAGGAGACUCUGCUAAUCUAUUAUUUUACGUCUAUUCUUUGCAUACUCAGUUAAAAAAAAUUAUAGUUUUUUUUCAUCCGUUCUUUUGACUCCGUCAACGAUACAGAUUUCUAUAUACAGAAGGAAGGAGCGGUGUUUUGCUAUUUUCAAGUGUUGGCUGAAACUUCAAGUUGCCGAGGGGAGUAGCUCGUUUCGCUAGCUAGCCGGGUCACAAACUGAGCCAGAUUCUGUGUUGUUUCGUCCAUUCUAAAGAUUGAGACUACUGGAAAUAGUUUGUCUUCGCAGAAGAGGAUGAUGAGGAGGAUAGUCGCUCUUUUCCGAAUGGAUUUCACUCAUUGGGAAGAUAGAGAUCAGUGGCUGCGGUCGCCCUUCUUAUUCUGAACUCGCCUUGUGUGAGACUGGAAGAAGCAUGCACCUCCGCAACCUUACACAGUUGGUUUGUGAAUAAAAAACUGUCCCUUUUUGAUGCGAACGAAAAGAAAAUGGUGAUUUUUGCGGUUCGUUUCCCCGCCUUGACUGCGUCGUCGAUGCUGUUUCCAGGAUUUGGAUCCCCGUGAGAAAAAAAUGAGCGAAGAAUCGGCAAAUCCAAACAACGAUGACAGUUAUGCGCGUGUGAGAGCAGUGGUCAUGACUCGGGAUGACUCCAGUGGCGGAUGGCUGCCUCUGGGAGGUGGAGGCCUCAGCUGUGUGUCAGUCCACAAAGUCAGCCGGCCAGACACCGACAACUCCAGCAGUGUGGAUUUCCUCAUCCAGGGGGAGCGUCUCAAAGACAAAUCGGUUGUGCUGGAGUGUAACAUAAAGAGGGACCUGGUAUACAACAAAGUCACCCCUAUCUUCCACCACUGGAGGAUUGAUAACAAGAAGUUUGGACUGACUUUCCAGAGUCCAGCUGAUGCAAGGGCCUUUGACCGGGGUAUACGGCGAGCCAUGGAGGACAUUAAGCAAGGCUGUCCGAUGUACAGUGACUCAGACACUCCUGAGGAUGGAUUACAGGUUAACCAGGAUCCCCCUUCCAUCUACACACCCAUGAGAGAACCAUUCUCCCACCAUGGCGGAGUGGUGUCCACUGAGCCUUUCCGUGGUUGUUAUGUGCGUACCCAGCCCUUUGAUGAGUUCCCCAGCCCCAACCGCCGCUACCUGCCUCCUCAGGUCUCUUUCAACACCACACGCCAUGUAAGCUUUCAGAUGGAUGAUGAGGAGGUUGUUCGCAUCAACCCCCGCAAAGACGUUCUUAUCCGGGGCUACGAGGACUACCGGCACCCCGUCAUGUGGAAGCAAGACAUGGAGCGAGACGAUGGAGAUUUCUCCACCACCUUUUCCAAACUGGACAGCAAGAAAAGUGAGUACUUAUUUCCGGAAGGCCUGGAAAAUCACACGGGCAAAGACUCCAUUAAAACCCAGCAGCCCUCACCUCUCCUCAAGUCCAAGAAGUCUCGGAGGCGCAGAGAGGACGGGGAGCGCUCACGCUGCAUUUACUGCCGCGAGAUGUUCAACCAUGAGGAUAACUGGCGGGGUCAGUGCCAGGAUGCGCCAGACCCCAUAAAGCAGUGCAUUUACAAGGUCAGCUGUAUGCUGUGCGCUGAGAGCAUGCUCUACCACUGCAUGUCUGACUCAGAGGGUGACUUUUCGGACCCAUGCUCUUGCGACACCAGUGAAGAGCAGUUCUGUCUGCGCUGGCUGGCCUUGCUGGGCCUGUCCCUCAUCGCGCCCUGCAUGUGUUGCUAUCCUCCCCUGCGGGCCUGCCACCAUUGCGGAGAGGCCUGUCACUGCUGCGGGGGGAAACACAAGGCUGCUGGAUGAAUCCAGCCAUGCUACACCUCAAACACCACACGGCCACGUGGAAAACCGCCGGCAUCGUUUUUUUCAUUCACCUUCAGAUAGGUGAGGUGUUCUCCCACCCGCCUCUGGAGGCUUUGGAGAUUUGAUUUGGCUGAGAGCAGCGGAAGCCGACACCUUCAGGUCUUCUCGGGCUCUUGAGAGCUGCGUCACGGAGCUCAUAACGCGAGGAAAGGCGUUUACAAAAUGAACUAGGAGAGAUCACUAAACACUCACAAACAUGCAAAAAGACAAAAAAAAGAUGAAAAAAAAAUAAUCACUCAACAUAGAAUACAAGUCACCAUGUCAGACUGUCAUUACAGAUAACGUGUAACCUUUGUGAAGGAAUAUUGUCUUUUGUACAGAGAUCAAAACUAUAACAAAGAAAACAAAAUAGUUGUGCAUACAGAGAAUCUGCUGUAUGAGUAUGCUAAAAGGGAUAUUUUCUUGCUUUUUGUGAAUUUGCAGUAGGGUAAAAGUGGCCUUUUCUUUCGACUCGAGCAUUCGCAGACCGUGUAAUUAGACAAAAAAAAGUGCACUAGAUAUGUUUUCUCCCAUGAAAGGUAACCCUCAUGAAUUCUAAUGGUACAUUUAACUAAAAAGGAAAACACUUUGAUCAAGUUUUAGGAGUACAGAUUUUUUUGUGAUGGAUGUGUACGCAAUUUGUUUUUCCCGCCUUUCUUUCCACUGUUUUGUAAAAGACAGUAAUGUCAUUUCUUUUUUGAAAUGGUAGUGUGACAUAUAGCCUUUUGUUAUGAAUUGUGCUAAUGUUUAAAAGACAUCCAUCUGUAAUUGGCUAAAUUAUUUGGACCGCAUGGGUGCAUUCCAGCAUUGAGUGAUUGUGGACAGCUGUGAUACGUCGUCAUUUAUCCCCAGUCAUUUUCCAUGUCAAGAUUAAUGGUGUGAUAUUACAGUUGAUUGAGAGACCAAUUGCAGGAAUGCUCGUUUUUGCUUUCAAUUUCAUCUCAUUUACCAGAGUGAAACUGGGUUCUUUUCAGCUUCCUAAUGGUUUUCAAGCUGAAACUGUGCUCAACCAGCAAGUUUUUGUUUUUUUUGUUCUUUUUUUAUUGACAUGGUACAUUUAGGCAUUAUUAUUAUUAUGAAUAAAAGGGUGUCCAGUUUUCAUUAUUAGACAAGGCACUUAUUUUUUUUUUAUUAGGAUAACCCUGUAUUUGAGUUAAUUCAUACAAAAUGUCCCUCAUGAAAGCACUAGUUUCCAAGCUUUGGUUACAGCUCCAUCUCCACCUGUUCCAUAGUGCAUGUAGUCCAUGUAUUUCUGUAAGUCUUUGAAAAGUUUGCGUAAAUGAACUUAAGUGGCCGAAAGCUAAAAAGAACCCACAUAAACAUAGACAUAACAGCCUGAUACGUCAUUUUACAGAGUGACUGUAAUUCAUUGCAAGGUACAAGAUUUUGCUCUCAACUCUAAAUUGCAUGCUUGUCAAAGGAUUCACAAACCAUUGUUGUAGUUGGACAUAAGUUCAACCUUGCCUGCUUUUAGACUGCGUGUCUUGUCCUCUUAGCUCACAUACACUAUACGGUUUAUAAAUAUCACCCAAAUUAAGCUUUUUUUUCUGCUUGCAGGAAUAUCGCCCCCAGUAUUUAAGAGGCCAGUAUAAGUAGUCCCAGAAAGAUCUUUCCUCUGUCUCCUCUUUACAUCCACACACUUUACUUUCUAUGCAACUAUUUCCAUGAGAAACACUUAGACCUCUGCAUACAAGUCCGUGACGUGACACUUUAAUAUAGUAGAUGUUAAUCUCGGUACCAAACUCGAAACCCUAUGUAAAUAUAACACUAUAUUUAAGCAACAAUAAUAAUCCCAUUCAAAUUUUUAAGAGAGAGUUGUAUUUAUCACCGCUGUCAGUAUAUUACUAUAGCUUGAGUUGACAGCAUUAUGUACAUAGGUCACCUUUUAGUAUUAUUUCACAUUGAAAGUAGAGGGAGUACAUGAUGAAAAAUGGUUGAGCUUUUAAUAGAGAUUCUCUCUAGUUUUGUAUUGCAAACAGAAGGAUAGGAAGCUAAUGCGGUACAGUAGUGGCAGUCCACUUUUAAAAGGUUUUGUCAUAUGAAGCUGCUAGAAACAAUCACUAAUUUUGCAUCAAGAGGAAUAAAAUUCAGCUAUGGAUGACUGUUAAAACAUUAUAGUUCUUAGAUAUAUAAUAUUGAUUGGUUUUCUUUUAACUGUAUUUUUUUUUUAAUAAGCAUGCCCAUUUUUUAUGUUUGUCCAGUCUUUUGUUCCAUCUUUCCCAUAUUGUUGUAAUUGGAUUGCAUUUUGUAUUGCAAGCUGAACCAAGGUUUGAUAAACCUUAAUAAAACUUGCUGGCUGAGAAGCAAAUUGUAGAAUAGGCUACAUUCAUACAGUUCUAUUGUUAGAUGAAUACUGUAAUACCUAGUUUCAUUCUGCAUUAACCAGCACAGGGCAACCACAGUAAUGUGCUGUAUUUAAUAUGCAACUUGUUGGCUUUCUUUUCUUACAUUCUUUCCACCUUGCCAUUAACUUAGCAUUUAUCUGUCUUCAGUUUUAACCACUUGCUGCUAGUGUAUUUUUUUUUUUCUUUUUUUAUUCUUGGACAUUGUGCAUAACUCUGGAAUGCAUAAAAGAUGAACAUUCUUUACUGUUUAGUUUAGAGAAAUGCAUAUGUAAACAAGUCAUUUCAGUGUGAUGUAAAAAAUGGCUACUUUCACAGCAGUUCAGUGGUUUCGUUGAAAUUCUCCAAUGCUUUGGUGCACUGAUAUGUAGCUAGGCUUUUUUCCUUUUCAUAGCGCUUGAUGAUGUAAAGCUCACGUGAUUAGUCCUAAGUUGUGAAAACAUUUGUGUUAUGGUAAUUGCAGUAUAAAUGGUACUCUGAUGAUUCCAGUAUGAACACUGCCUGUUUCUUUAUCUGCAUCUCUAAGUUUUAGUGCCAUUUGCUUCACCCACUGACAACCUCGAAAAAGUGCCUCACGUCCAUCAUAAUGUCCAUCCAAAAACUUAACAGCUCUUGCUAUGGUUGUAUUGAUUUAUACACGUCUAGGUAUUUGUAUCAUGGUUUGAAAAUACCAAGUAUAUGAUGUAAUAUUUAUAGUUCAGUAACUCAUGUCAUAGUUGUAUUUUCUUUAUACAGAUGUAGCUUGUUACGUUUCAUAAAUAUAUAAUGUAAAUAUGCAUACAAAUGUUUGUAACUGUUUUUAUGUUACAUCAUACACUUGUAAUUUGACAUAUAAAAUAACAUUACCAUAAUAAAAGGUGAGUUUUAA